AUGGCAACAGAACGCUCACUUGCCGCGCUUCUGCGCUCGUUACAGUCAACGUCCAGUUUCGAAGACGCUUCUAGUCUCCUUCCCACCGCGACCAGCUUCUUAUCUAUUCUCGGCAACCCCUUGAAUCUGAGUCUUCUCGCCUCGCAGCUCCUCUCUGCACCAGCACUAUGGAACCACCCGGUCGAUCUAUUCGCAUGUCGCAAGAUCCUCAGCGUGUUCAACACCGCCGCCAUCGCCAUCCUGCAAAACGAUACCAUAGAAGAAGCCCAGAUCCCGCACGGCGCAGGCCGCAAUCGCCGUAUCGAGCGCGAAGCAUGGGUCAAAGCGAUUGCCGAGGGCGCGGACGAUAAGUCCCCGCGCUGGAGACACAUGCUCCUACUCGGCGGGAUCCUGCUCGGAUUCGAGGGACAGAAUCGACAGGGUCUCCCGUGGCAUAUUCGGACGAAAUUGGAGUCUGCGUUGACGACGGCGGCGCAAUUGGCUUUGGAGGAAUUAGAUCCCGAGGCGGGUAUUGACGGAUAUUGUAUCACCAUGGUGUUGAAUUAUACGUUUGAGCUUUUGUCGGAUGCGCACAGGAGUAAGCUGGAUUAUGAUCGCUUGCUUCCUAUCGUGGUGCGAUCGGUUUUCCAUUCUCCCGAGGGUUUGGAAGGGGGAUACUUUUUGGGCGCGAUUGACAAAGAUGUCGUCGAGGCGCCGGGGAAGAAGUUCCGCUGGGCACCAAACUCGGCGACGUUUGGUUAUGUGACAGCUGUGGCUGGGCGUCCUUUGGUUGGUGCGCUUGGCCCGCUGUCCAGGCUGGUUGCACAUGCCGUGGAGAAUGUGCGGGAUCCAAAGCUAGUUGCGCAGUCGGUGGACUAUAUGGCGGAUUUCGUGCGGACUCUUAUGGUGCAGUGGCGGCAAAAUAAGUUGUCCGAGGUUGACGUUGCGGAAGAGAUGGAGUUCUUGGAUGCAGAGACCUUGAAGACUACAAUUCCGGCUCUGUGGACGAUUCUGCGGAAUUGCAUGUAUUCGGUGGUUAUCGUUCUUCGUGCCGUGCUCGGGAGAACGAUCAAUGAUCCGGCUCUUGCUGCUGGCAGCAGUGCACCCUAUCUUUGCAUGCAGUCUCUUCAUAUCCUUCGCAACCUAUACUUUAUCUCUUCUCGAACUGGCCAGACGGGAUCCUCCCAGCAGAACUUCGUGUUCCUGGCAGCCAUUGAUAUCCUCGCUCAAUACCCCGAUUUAGCGGAGAAUUUCUUGCGCAGCAUUAAGCCUAGUGAAAUUGGCCAAAUACCGGCCCACCCGGUGGAACGUUGCUUAGACCUGUUCUUCUUGAACACGGCAGAGCAUUUCCCACUGGUGUUGACCUCUGAGGCUAGCGAAGAGCUGCUCUUGGCGGCUGCUUUCCCAUACCUUGCAGCCGGCGCCAACAGUUUACUGCUCGAGAUUUUCGAGGCAGCUCACAGCUUGGUGCUCGUUGUCUUUGCUAUUCCUCACAACGCCGAAUUAGCCGCCAAGCACCUCCCCUUCUACAUCGAGAACCUCUUUGCAGUAUUCCCCGAAAAUCUAUCUGCGAGACAAUUCCGCCUCGCCUUCAAAACGGUCAUCCAAGUCACCGCUCCCCCAUCCCCCCUCGCCAACAGCCAGCCCCUCCUCCCAUCAAUUCUCCUCGAAGUAGUCCGUGACCGCGCACUGAACGGUCCAACCACCCCCAUCCCGCUAACCACUCAAAACGGCUCCUCGCCCGAUCAACCACCUCUCUCCGCCCAAGCCGUGCUCAUCCUCGCCCUAAUCGACUCCCUCUCCUUCCUCCGCGUAGACGAUCUGAAAGAGUGGCUCCCCCUCACCGCGCAGCUCAUCAACGCAAUUCCCGAUCGGGGCAUGCGCCAUGUCUGCGUGGAUCGAUUCUGGGAGGCAUUGAGUGGCGGGGAGAUGGAUGUGGACCGGGCACAUUGCUGCGUUACCUGGUGGAGUACCCGUGGUGGUCGGGAGCUUGUUCUUUUCGGUGCUGAGCCUGGUGCUGGUGCGGGGCCGGACGGGGAAGAGGGUGGGCCUUUUAUGAGUGGUGCUGUGGGGGCUGUUGCGCCGGAGAACCAUGCUCCCCUGAACGAUUCGACAUAA